CCGUCUAACCUCGAUAAUAUGGCCGCAGAAAAUACUUUCAUCGAAGAGGACGGCUUUGGAUUUGUACCAAGGCCAGAUCGGAAACAACAUGGAAGAUCUUACGAAAUUGUGCGCAGAUACACCUUGACGAAUAAAAAUAAAGCAAUAGUCAAAUUAAUAUCUUGGGGUGCAGGAAUACAAUCUAUCAAAGUACCAAACAAAAAAGGUGACAUAGGUGACGUAGUUUUAGGAUUUGACGACAUGAACGGAUAUUUGGAGAACAGGUAUAUGGGAAGUAUACUCGGUCGUCUGGUUAAUCGCGUUGCUGAUGCUAAAAUGCGUAUCAAGAAAACUAUCUAUUCUUUGUCGAUCAAUGACGAAUAUGGGAAGGAUCAUGUUAAUGGUGGAGUUGUUGGGUUUGAUAACGUUAAUUGGAAUUCGUAUAUAUUGAACAAGCAAGUGGUUAUGUCUCAUCUGAGUCCUGCAGGUAGGGAAGGAUAUCCUGGUCAUAUGUUGACGCAAGUCAAAUAUACUUGGUCUGACGAUAAUCAAUUGUACGUCAAUAUUCGUGCAACUGCUACCGAACCAACUCCAGCUAACAUCACCAAUUAUUGUUUCUUUAAUUUAGCCGGUCACGGUAUGGGUCCAGAAGAAUUAAAAAAACACGUUGUUACGAUAAAUGCCGAUAGUUGGACGUUCAUGGACAUUAAAAACAACUUGCCGACCGGUGCUAUUUGUCCUGUCGAAAAUACGGUCUAUGAUUUACGUUUACCGACGCAAUUAACAAAAGAAACACUUUAUCGCGUACCUGGAGGUGGUUACAAUCAUAAUCUGUGUAUUUGCAGUCCAAGUUCUUGGUGUUAUCGAUUUCAUGCUAGGAUUAUACAUCCUGAAUCAGGAAGGACUCUAGAAAUUUAUUCUAAUCAUCCUGGAUUACAAUUUUACACUGGAAACGAUUUGCCUGAUCCUGAUCGUGUUUAUCCACCAGAUUGGCCAAAUUAUAUUCCAGAAUUUCGUGAUAAAAAUCGAACAAAUUGGAGGAUUUAUGGAAAAGAAGGUAUUUCUUACCGAAGACACGGAGCUUUCGUUUUGUCACCACAAAACUACCCUAACGCUAUUAAUAUCGAUCAUUUUCCUUCUUGUAUCCUUUAUCCUGGAAAGGUUUACGUCCAUGACAUGACCUAUAAAUUUGGUUUGUUGAACGAAAAUUAUUAAUUUAUAGGUUAUUUUCUUGUGUUUCUCAGUGUCAUCG